AUGUAUUCUGACAGGCUAGAGUGCAGAACUUUUGGUGGCACAAUCACAUCAGCAACAGCACCAUCACAUCAGCAACAGCACCAUCGCAUCAGCAACAGCACCAUCACAUCAGCAACAGCACCAUCACAUCAGCAACAGCACCAUCACAUCAGCAACAGCACCAUCACAUCAGCAACAGCACCAUCACAUCAGCAACAGCACCAUCACAUCAGCAACAGCACCAUCACAUCAGCAACAGCACCAUCACAUCAGCAACAGCACCAUCACAUCAGCAACAGCACCAUCACAUCAGCAACAGCACCAUCACAUCAGCAACACCACCAUCACAUCAGCAACAGCACCAUCGCAUCAGCAACAGCACCAUCACAUCAGCAACAGCACCAUCGCAUCAGCAACAGCACCAUCACAUCAGCAACAGCACCAUCACAUCAGCAACAGCACCAUCACAUCAGCAACAGCACCAUCACAUCAGCAACAGCACCAUCGCAUCAGCAACAGCACCAUCACAUCAGCAACAGCACCAUCACAUCAGCAACAGCACCAUCACAUCAGCAACAGCACCAUCACAUCAGCAACAGCACCAUCACAUCAGCAACAGCACCAUCGCUUCAGCAACAGCACCAUCACAUCAGCAACAGCACCAUCACAUCAGCAACAGCACCAUCGCUUCAGCAACAGCACCAUCACAUCAGCAACAGCACCAUCACAUCAGCAACAGCACCAUCACAUCAGCAACAGCACCAUCACAUCAGCAACAGCACCAUCGCAUCAGCAACAGCACCAUCACAUCAGCAACAGCACCAUCGCAUCAGCAACAGCACCAUCACAUCAGCAACAGCACCAUCACAUCAGCAACAGCACCAUCACAUCAGCAACAGCACCAUCACAUCAGCAACAGCACCAUCACAUCAGCAACAGCACCAUCACAUCAGCAACAGCACCAUCACAUCAGCAACAGCACCAUCGCAUCAGCAACAGCACCAUCGCAUCAGCAACAGCACCAUCACAUCAGCAACAGCACCAUCGCAUCAGCAACAGCACCAUCACAUCAGCAACAGCACCAUCGCAUCAGCAACAGCACCAUGGCAUCAGCAACAGCACCAUCACAUCAGCAACAGCACCAUCACAUCAGCAACAGCACCAUCACAUCAGCAACAGCACCAUCACAUCAGCAACAGCACCAUCGCAUCAGCAACAGCACCAUCACAUCAGCAACAGCACCAUCGCAUCAGCAACAGCACCAUCGCAUCAGCAACAGCACCAUCGCAUCAGCAACAGCACCAUCGCAUCAGCAACAGCACCAUCACAUCAGCAACAGCACCAUCACAUCAGCAACAGCACCAUCACAUCAGCAACAGCACCAUCACAUCAGCAACAGCACCAUCACAUCAGCAACAGCACCAUCACAUCAGCAACAGCACCAUCACAUCAGCAACAGCACCAUCACAUCAGCAACAGCACCAUCACAUCAGCAACAGCACCAUCACAUCAGCAACAGCACCAUCACAUCAGCAACAGCACCAUCACAUCAGCAACAGCACCAUCACAUCAGCAACAGCACCAUCACAUUUCAAAAGUCGAGUCAUACGAUUUCACAAUAUGCGAUGA